UACUACGGCACUGGUCCUAGUUUUGACAGAAAAGGAUCCACUACAGGAAAAUACAUUUAUAUGAGGGGAAACUACGGAAGUAUAGGUUCUAAAAGCUGGCUGGUUAGCAACUACUUUAAUACAUCAAGAAAAUGUUUCACAUUUUGGUAUUAUAUGUAUGGAUCAACUGUUGGUUCCCUCAAUAUAUACGAACAAACUAUGGGAAAAGAAAUGAAGCCUUUGUGGACUGUAACUGUUAACAGAGGAAAUUUUUGGCUCCAAGGUCAAUUAACAAUCAACUUUACCAUUGGAUCAAAAAUUAGGAUAAUUGUUGAAGGAGUUCGAGGAUGGAGUAGUUCCAGUGACAUUGCUCUUGAUGAUUUCAAAUUUUUGGAUGGAGCCUGUGAUAUACUUCCGCUAACUGCCAAACCUCCACGUGAGUGA